CUGAUCGUCAGCACUCUGGGAUAAUUGUGGCAAAUUGUUUUAUUAAGAAAAUCCUGCUUUUGUGGAGGGAAGCAUGGCGAUUCUAGUGUUGUGUGCUGUUGCUGUCUCGUUUAUCUCAAUAUCAGGUGCCUUGGAUUUGGAGAUAUUUCACUCCCCAAAGAAAGUUUUGGCAAAUACAGAUGUUCUCCUGAAAUGUAAAGCAACUAAUUAUGAUAAAUCAGACCUUGACAUCAAAUUUGUAGCUGUUAAGUGGAAAGUGAUUUAUUCAAGUGGAGUACAAAAAGACCUAUACACAUUCAACGGAGGGACUCAUGCAAUUUCAAGACCUGGAGCGAAAAUCUUUGAUGAUGAAAUAUUGGAAGGAAAUGCCUCGCUUUAUCUACCAAACAUACAGCUGGAGGAGAGAGGUGUAUACUUCUGCACUGUUUAUAUUACCCCAGAAAAAGAAGAAGUGACCGGAGAGCUGCUUGUGAUAGAUCAGCCAGAGAUCAUCUUAUCCACUGCUGGUCACAAGAAUUCAUCGAGGUCAAUCAGAUGCGAUGUUAUCAGAUCUUAUCCUGAGAAACUUGAGAUCAGUUGGUUCAAGACAUCACAAGGAAAAACAGAACAUGUUUUAAAUGAUUCUUCAACUGAAACCCCUGUUAGGAACAAAGAUGGGGCCUUCAGUGUUUCCAGUACAUUGAAUGUUGUAUCGUCAGGGGAUGAAGAAAUCGAUGACAAUGUAAAAUAUAAAUGUGUUGUGAAGUAUGAAACAUUUCCUGAUAACUUUGCAGCAGAAAUAUCAUUUGUAACAUCAAAUCACGACCCAAUUCCAGCAAUAGUUGGAGGUGUAAUCGGUGGUCUGCUAUGUGCCAUAUGUGCAGCCAUUGGGAUUUAUUGGUGGAAAAAUUAUAGAGUUAAAGGUGCUCAAACUGAAGAACAAACCAUAUUUUUGAGAAAAGGAAAGAAAUCUAAGGAGAUGGGUGAAGAAGAAGAACCAACUGAACCAACUUCAACUGAAUACAAACGACCUCCCACGUACCCUAAACCACCUCCCACUUACCCUAUACCACCUCCCACUUAUCUUAAACCAUCUCAUACUUACCCUAACACUAAACCAACUCCCACAUACCCUAUACCACCUCCCACUUACCUUAAACCAUCUCAUACUUACCCUAACACUAAACCAACUCCCACAUACCCUAUACCACCUCCCACUUACCUUAAACCAUCUCAUACUUACCCUAACACUAAACCAACUCCCACAUACCCUAUACCACCUCCCACUUACCUUAAACCAUCUCAUACUUACCCUAACACUGAACCACCUCCCACUUACCCUAAACCACCUCCCCCCUCCCCUAAACCACCUCCCACUGACACUAAACCACCUCCCACUGACCCUAAACCACCUCCCACUGACGCUAAACCACCUCCCACUGACCCUAAACCACCUCCCACUGAUACUAAACCACCUCCCACUGACCCUAAACCAUCUCUCACUGACCCUAAACCACCUCCCACUGACGCUAAACCACCUCCCACUGAUGCUAAACCACCUCCCACUGACCCUAAACAACCUCCCACAGACACAGAACCAUCUCCCACUGACUCUAAACCAACUCCCACUGACCCUAAACCAACUCCCGCUGACCCUGAAUCACCUCCCACUGACACUAAACCACCUCCCACUUACCCUAAACCACCUCCCCCGUCCCCUAAACCACCUCCCGCUGACCCUGAAUCACCUCCCACUGACCCUAAACCACCUCCCACUGACACUAAACCACCUCCCACUGACCCUAAACCACCUUCCACUGACCCUAAACCAACUCCCAUUGACCCUAAAUCAACUCCCACUGACCCUAAACCACCUCCCACUGACCCUAAACCACCUCCUACUUACCCUAAACCACCUCCCACUGAUGCUAAACCACCUCCCACUGACCUUAAACAAACUUCCACUGAACCAACUCCCACUGACCUUAAACCAUCUCCCACUGACCCUAAACCACCUCCCACAGACACUAAACCAUCUGCCACUGACCCUAAACCACCUCCCACUGACCCUAAACCAUCUCUCACUGACCCUAAGCCACCUCCCACUGAUGCUAAACCACCUCCCACUGAUGCUAAACCACCUCCCACUGACCCUAAACAACCUCCCACAGACACUGAACCAUCUCCCACUGACUCUAAACCAACUCUCACUGACACAAAACCAACUCCCACUAAACGCAAACUGCCUCCCACUGAUCUUAAACAAACUUCCAUUGAACCAUCUCGCACUGACCUUAAACCAUCUCCCACUGACCCUAAACCAACUUCCACUGAAUGCAAACCACCUCCAACUGACCCUAAGCCAACACCCACUGAACCAUCUCCCACUGAUACUAAACCAACUCCCACUGAACCCAGUUCUGUUUUCAUUGAACCUGAAUGUGGUUCCAUUGAUUCAAACUCUGUUUCCACUGCACCUAGCGCUGUUUUUAUUGAAUCUCUCCCUUAAUCUACCAAGUCAUCUACUGAAUCCCUCCUUGAUUGUACACCACCCCUGAUUCCAUGGCAUCCUUUUACAUUACUGCCCACCAUGGCUUCAUUGAAUCCCACCUAAUUUUAUUAAACCCAAUGUUGCCUUUGCACUGAUGUCAACAAAAAGUUAAGAUUUUCUUAAAUGUGAACAAAAUGAUCAACGAAAGAACUGAGGAAGGAACUAAACUUUGAAGGUGAAAACAAACCUGAGCAGAUUAGGUACGAAGAGGAAUGAUGCAGGCUGGAGACAAGUUGUUGUGUGAAGUCAUUUCAUAGCCUAUGUAAAAAGCUGUUUUUUUUAUUUUUCUGGUUACUGUUACUACCUCAUUAAAUCCAACAAACCACAAAUCUUUUUGGUGAACUUUAUUAAUCUAAACCUGUGCCUAAAUUAAUGAAUACAGUUAUAUUAUGAGCACUAUUUCCUGCGCUAUUCAACUCUCACCACACACCCCCACCCAUCCCAAUCUGUCUCCCCUCGUCCUCUCCAACAGCAGUGAGCCUGAGCAUGCCCCACUGAUCCCUUGCUUCUAGUUUUGGUGUGCAUGUAUUGGCUGCAGCCCCUGACCCAAGCUGCACUCCUUACCAAAUACCCCUCCUCUCUUUCUCACUAUGAUCACUCAACUCUUCUCACUUAUUGCCCAUCCUGCCCUCUGCAGCUCAAGUCCUCUCCACGAGUCUAUCACUUCCAUCCUUGCUUGGUUUCAUUAGUACCCCAAUUCCCAGAACUUUGACAGCCCAACCAUUACCAAUUGUACCCGAAUGAUCACAAAUUUCCUGCUGCUGAAUGUUGACAAAACGGAAGCCAUACUCCUUGGCUCCCAUCAAUAUCUUUUCUCCUGUGGCUCUGACUUCCUCAACCUCACCAGCCUAUCAGGUUCCAUCCCCAACUGUCCUUCCUAUCCCACAUGCGAUCCCUAACUAGUACCGCUUUCCUCCACCGCAAUCACAUUGCCCGCUCCAAACAUACCUCACAACCAAUACAGCUGAGAUCAUUGUCCAUGUUUUCAUCACCUCCCAUCUGAAUUAUUCCAAUGCACUCCUCGCCUACCACUACUUUCCACUACCACUAUCCAUACAAUCCAACUGUAAUUCAGAAUUCCACUGCUUGUAUACUCACCUGCACUAAGCUCCGUACACCCAUCACACCAGUCCUCUCC